GUAGAAGUUGGAUGGUUAACAAAAAUGGGACAACUCAAUCCUUAACGAGAUCAAAUAAAGAAAAGAAAAACAUCCAAAAAUUAAAUUAAAUUUACAGGGUUACUUACACACAAUGCAAAGAAAGAAAGAAAGAAAAAAAAAAGAUGCUCCCACUAAAGCUGGUUCGCUCUCUGGUCUUAGGUGAAACCAUCAACCACAAUCCUCAUCACAUCCUAACCCAAAAUCACCACCAUAACAGUGAUGAUGAUGAUGAUGAUGAAGCCCAUGGCACAUCACAACCCCAGCAUCAUAGAAGAAGAAGAAAGUACAAAAGCCCAGGUCUGAUAUUCCUCCCAACAAAAGAGAUCAUAAGAGACACAUACAGGCUUGCCACCAUUGCAAGAGACUUAGGUCUGGACUUGUACCCUACACCAUCACUCUCUCACAUCAUCUUCUCCAACCCAUCAUCAUCCAAACCCUCAUCACUUUCCAUCUCUUUUUCUUGCUCUCUCCAAAGCGACGCCGUUCCCAUUCCCUUCCCUUCCCUCUCCGCAACCCCACUGGCCCACCUCCGCUGCUUCCUCACGCUCUCCCCACGCGCCUUCAAGAUCGUCCUUUUCAACUCCGACCACCACCCCGACGCCGCCUCCGGAACCUCCGGCAACGCCAACAACUGGGACUGCGGCUCUUUCUCUCUCCACUCUAGGGCCGUCGGCGUUCGGGUUGACACCAUGGAGGAGUUUUGCCGGAUUCUCGCCGGAAAAGGUUGGAGCUUUUACAAAACCAAGAAAGCCCCAUCUUCCGAUCAGCGCCACGGCGGCGCGUUUUACCUCUUCAGAAGGGUGGACGUGAACCGGGUUCGGGUCGGUGGCGUCGGAGCUCCGGAGGAUGGGGCAUGUAGGGUGAGGGAGUUGAGGUUGCCGCACUUGGAUUUUGGAAAUGCUCCGUUGAGGAUUUUGCAGUAUAUUUUGUUGAUGACUGAUGAUAUCUUCUGUUUGGCAUGAAAUUGAUGAUGACAAGAGAUGGACAACAAAUUGGGGGCAUUUGGUUUUGGUCUUGCAAUGUGUGGUGUUGGAAGUGAUGUUCUGUAAAGCUAUGAAAGAGGUUGAGUUUUGAAAUGUUGGAAGGGGCAAAAUGAUUCAAACUGUGUAUCUUUUAUCUCUUGAAUGAAGUGGAUUCUGGAUUAAGUUUAGGUUGAUGGUGAAGGAAGUGGGAUUGAAAGGGUUUCCAUGGAGAGGCAAAAAUGUUGCUGCAAGUUUACUUUGUGUUUUGUCUUUGAGAAGACAAAACCUUUUUCUGCGGCAACCUUGUUAGAAUGGAAGGUUCGCGCUGUCCGAGCCAACGCACAUUGUUGUGCAAACUACAAGUUCGAUUCUCAAGGUUGGCGGAAGUGAAGGAAGCUGAAGAGUGUAGUGUUGAUUUGGAGAGCUAUGCCAUUUCCCUGACAGCAGGCUGCAUUUAGCAUGUGGUCUUCUGGUGGAGCCAUCAUUUCCUCAUUGAAUCAAAACACCACAAAAUGUGACACCCAAACAAGAGUAUUUUGGAAAUUCUUGCCAACCAUUGCCAAACAUCACCUUUUGGUUGGCAAGAAUAUGUAAAGUACUCGUGUCUGGGUGUGUGACAUUAUAGAGUUUUGAUAUGAUGGAUUCCUUUGUUUUCUGUAAAUAAAUUGGGUUUAUUCGGUGUCCUUUAGAUUUGAGGCUAAUGACUAAUGGAAGAAGAUGGGAUAUCCUCAUCCACACCACACCCAUGCAGAACUGGAAGAUGGUGCUGGUGCCACCUUCUGUGUGGUCACGUAUGAAUGCAGUUACAGUGGAUUAAAGGUUGUGGCAGUUGCUUAGAGAAUGCUACCUUAAGACCUGCAACUCCCUUUUCUUGUUUGUUUACAUACUUUAAUAUGAUUGCAGUCACUUAUACUCAGCUUCACAAUUAGUCAUAUCUAUCAAUGCUUCCUUUAACCAAAAAAGAUGUAUAGCAUAUUUCAAUAACUAAAGUGACUAAAUAAGUUAAUAAAACCAAAUCUUCUGUUGAGUUGAAUAAGUUGAUAUGAGAUUCCAACCAUUUAUCUCAACAAAAGCAUAUGCUGUUACUGAAUUGGCUGAUUCCA